UAUUAAAUAAAUCAAUUAAAUUAAAAUUAAUUUAGGUUUUUUUAUCAAAAUUUCGGUAUGGCAGAGGCACCAGUUUACAAAAAUCUUUUACCGAUAAAAGUUGGUAUAAUUUGUGGUGUUGGUUACUUCAACCAAAAAUUACUAUUUGCACCAAAAGAAAUAGAAGUCUCGACAAUAUAUGGGAAACCAUCUGACGCACUACUGGAAGGUACUAUACAAGAUUAUACUUGCGUUCUACUUGCACGUCAUGGUCGCAGAGAUAAUAUAUCCCCUUCAUGUGUAAAUUAUAGAGCUAACAUUUGGGCUUUAAAAGAGAUCGGUUGCACUCAUAUUAUCAGUAUUUACGACUGCAGUAGCUUAAGUAAAGGUUUACGUCGAGGAGAAUUUGUGGUGCCACAUGAUAUUAUUGAUCUUACAAAUGCACGAAGUAAUACAUUUUAUGAUGGCGACGAAAGGAGUCCACAGGGCGUUAUGGCAAUGUCACUUUCUCCACCAUUUUCUCUACAUUUUCGUCAUGUUAUGAUCGACAUUAUGAAAAGCUUGGCAGUACCAGUACAUGAUGAUGCUAUAAUAGUUUGCACUGAGGGUCCGCAUUUUCCUACACGUGCUGAAUGUAAGUUAAUGGCCGAAUGGGGAGGUGAAAUUUUUAAUUCGUGUGCAAUGCCUGAACCUGUUCUUGCCAAAGAAAUUGGCCUAUUAUACAUGCCUAUAGCAGCAGUGACCAAUCAUGAAUGUUGGAAUGAGAACGAUUAUGCAUUUAAUAAACUUAAUAUGCAUAAGCUCAAACAUACAUACAAUCAAUGGUUGCAGACAGUAAUCGGUAGAUUUAUAACUAGCAUACCAAGACACAACUGGGACAGAGAGCUUUGUAUUGCUAAAGAUAUUAUUAAUGAUAGCAAAAUGCCAGUACCAAGUCGUGGACUUUACACAUACAAAUUUUUGGAAUAAAAAUAAAAAAACAUAAGAAUAAUCAUAAUAUAAAAU